GGCUGGCGGGUCGGGGGUGGGGGGAGCCCUCCUUUUCCCUUUCCCUUCCCUUCCCGAGCGAAACCGGCGCCUCCCGCACCUCCUGCCGCCCGCAGCAUGAUCUGGAAAACUCUGCCGCUGCUCUGCGCCCUGCUGGCCGUCGCCCGCCUGCGGGCAGAGGAAGAGCCAAGGAGCAAAUCCAAGAUCUGUGCCAAUGUUUUCUGCGGAGCUGGGCGAGAGUGUGCAGUGACCGAGAAGAGAGAGCCAACCUGCCUCUGCAUUGAGAAAUGCAAACCUCACAAGAGACCUGUGUGCGGUAGCAAUGGCAAGACAUACCUGAACCACUGUGAGCUGCACCGUGACGCCUGCCUCACUGGCUCCAAGAUCCAGGUGGAUUACGAUGGCCACUGUAAAGAGAAGAAGUCUGAGAGUCCAGCUGCAAGUCCAGUCGUCUGCUACCAGUCAGACAGAGAUGAGCUUCGUCGCCGUGUGAUCCAAUGGCUGGAAGCUGAGAUUAUCCCAGACGGCUGGUUUUCCAAGGGCAGCAACUACAGUGAAGUCCUGGACAAGUAUUUCAAGAGCUUUGAUGAUGGUGAUUCUCGCUUGGACUCCACUGAAUUCCUGAAGUUUGUAGAGCAGAAUGAGACUGCUGUCAACAUCACCACCUAUAUGGACCAGGAGACCAACAAGCUGCUCAGGGGACUCUGCGUAGAUGCCCUCAUCGAGCUGUCAGAUGAAAAUGCUGACUGGAAGCUCAGCUUCAAUGAAUUUCUCAAGUGCCUCAGCCCAUCCUUCAACCCACCAGAGAAAAGGUGUGCCCUGGAAGAUGAAACCUAUGAGGAUGGAGCAGAGACCCAGGUGGAGUGCAACCGCUGCGUCUGUGCCUGUGGGAACUGGGUGUGCACUGCAAUGACAUGCGAGGGGAAGAAUGAGAAUGUGCCUGCUCACAGACAGCGACCCAAUCAAGACUUGACUGAGGAGGAGCUGGCAAGAUACGUUCAGGAACUGCAGAAGCAUCAGGAGACGUCCGAGAAGACCAAGAGAAUGAGCACCAAGGAGAUGUAAGGGACCUCCACAGCGGAGGAGCCCAGGAGGUUGGGCCCAACCUGCUGCCCUGUCCUCCAGAACUGAUCUCAGCAUGCACAAGCGUCUGCUACAGUUGCCCAGUCACAGAUAUUUACAUUGUAUAGCGAUGGGUUAUUUGUUUUGUAAUACACAAAGAAUGGGGGCCAGGAAAGGGGAGCAGAGCCCACCUGUCCCGGGAGCUUCAUUGCUGGGGCCUUGGAAGGCUGGGAGGGACUUAAAGCAGCUUCUGGGACCCUUUCCCAGGGCAGACAGCUGCUUACUCUAAGAGCUAAAGGGAUUUCUUGUUCCUCUGGGUCUGGGGAAAGGAUGGAGGUCAGUGCUGGAUAGAAAAGGGGUCUUCAGUCGAUACAAUUGUCAGCACGAGCCUUGGCUGCAGAAAUACAAGCCUGGCAGUUGUGUGGCUGAGCACGUGUGCUGCAGGGCAUCAUUAGCCAAGGACCUUGCCUUGCUUAUUGCUCGCCUUUCAUUCGAGCUUCUCAAAGCUGGUCAGCCUGGUGUGACACCUGGAAGUCGUGGUGCCAUGCUGCUGGCAUGUGUCCAGCAUAUUCCUCCUUGCUUUCCAUCGGACUGUCCCCAGCAGCUCCUCCAGUACAUUGUGGGCUCCAACGCAACAUGGUUCUUUUUGACCUCAUCUCACUCUUACUCUCCCUGCCCCCUCCUUAGAGGUGCUAUCAUAUUUUUUCUUAUCACAUUCACAUGCUGACUCCCCCUUUUGUUUUGUUUGUUGUUUUUUUAAUUACUUUAUUUCCUAUGGUAGUAAUUCAGCUUUUGUAUGUUUCGUAGCUCUAGAUCUUUCCAGAAAACCCAGCCUGUGGGGUUUUGUUAUUGACAGUGCUGUAAUGCCCAUGCACAGUUUGUAUCACACUGCGCUUAGCCACCGCAAACACCACAAGCAACUUGUGAGCCCUGCACUACAGGGUAUUUCCCAACUGGGGAUAGCAAUGUUCCUCAUGGGAAGAAAAGCCAGGGCUGGAUAUAGUUUCACCAGGCACAGAUUGAUGCUGCAGCUCCCUAGCUCUUGCUCCCUUAGCUAGCAUUGGCCAUGUGCUUAAAGCCUGUGUUUGUGCCUCUCUAAAUUGCCCAGAGGAAAGUGCCAAGUAGUCUAGGGACAGAGAGACCAGGCAAUCCCGUUAGUAGGGUACUUUAAAAUGCUUGACUACGUUUAAGUCUGGACUGUUAGCCAUUAUCUUGGGGUUUUUGUUUUCCUCUGGGGUGAGGCAGCAGCAUUAUUCUUUGAUCCCAGGUUUGGGUUUGGCAUCAGGGCUGGAAGAUUCAUUACUGACAUGUUUCACAGUGUCUCUGAUCAGACCAUCUCUGACUACCCUCACAUCCCUUCAUGGGUCAUUUUCAUCUGAUCCAUUUAGCAGAGCAUUGGUCCUAGAUGUAAAUGGAAUGUUGUUUUGUUGUUUGUUGACAAUCACCUCUGUAGCCUCAAGCCCAGCUGAUUUUCUCCUGCAGGUUUCAAACAUAUUUCAUACACACCUGAACAUCCCAUUUCCAUGUUCCCUUCAUGCCCCUGCUGUGCAUCCCAUGCAGCUGCAUAUACUCUGAGUUGAGAUGACUGCUUGUGAUUUCCAUCUUCCUGUUCUUCAGGAAGAUUCCUGCAUCUUCCUGAAGAUUCUUUCCAUCUUCCUGCAACUUCAGCAGUUGUUGCCAGGUGUCUUGCAGCGCUUACUCAAGUGACACUCCACUUGCACCUGCAAAAGCAUGUUCUGCUUGAGUGAAGAUUGGUAGGACUUUGGUUCCCACCUCCCCCUUUUUGCAUAGUGCUUUCCUGAGAGAGGAAGAAUGAGCUGGUGCCUACCAAGUGUAGAAGAAGAAAGCUUGGCCCCUCCUGUGGUCUCACCCAUGAGCCGGAUUCAUUAAAGGCUCACUGGUCUUUGAGCUGUUUUCCUGAUGUGAACCUAGGAUUUCUGUUGACUUUGGCCACAUUUCCAGUGAAAAUCAUAAUCUGCCCUGCCAUGCUCAGAGGUUUUGGCAUAAUAAAUACAAAAAGGGGGUGGUUCUUUUCUGAUGAUAGUCUGGAUUUGAGAAGCUGUCAGCUGUGGAGGUGAGGGGAGUCCACAGGAGUUGAGGGUAGUGUGGACAGCACCACACUGGGAUUCAGUCAUUUGUGUUCUGGUGCCACUGGAGAAAGUGGUUGGUGGAAUAGGAGCACCUAUCAGACACACCCUCACUCCUCAGCGGUCUGAGCAAAACGGCUUCAUGUGCUGCAUCUGGAGUCACAGGAACGUUGCUAAUAAAUGUUUUGCUUUAUUCUGACCCUGCUCUGAAAUGAAAGGUGGUCUGUGUCUCCCAGCUCGCUUCCUUCCAGCUUGAAUCAUUAAAGUGCCUUAGAGAAAACAUAGCAGCUUGCCUUAAAAGCUUUCCCUGGAUAGGGAUAACAUCUCAUUGUCCUGUCAAGAAUAUCUCCAACCAGGAGAACCAGACCAUGUGAAGGAAGGGGAAGCUAAUCAUGAUGAAGGGCUUCUGUAUGCUGCAUUAUGUGAUACAUUCUCUAGUCCCUUUCCCGUCUAUGUGAGGUCUAUGAGGGUGGCUGCUGGGGACAGCUGGCAAGGUGUGUGGUGGCCGUUGAGGUUUACAGAGCCUGCACUUGCACUGAAAGCAAUGUGUUGGGCUGCUAUCUCGGGCAAGGCAAGCUGAGUGCUCUGACAAGCCAUACCACAUAUCCUAGGAUAGCCUAGGGCAGCAGGGUAGGAGUGCAGUGAAUAUGCCUCCACAGAAAGGGCUGCCACACGCUGAGCCUUUUCUUCCUCAUAUCCUUAAAGGGAAAUGCAACUGUGGAGAGCAAUGCCUGUUCUAAGGGCUAUGGUACCCAAAGGGGACUUGAAAAUCCUGCCCCCCUACACUGAGGGGAAGGGCAACCAUUUGGUUAGCUGUGCCCAGGCAGCAGGCUGACUUCUUCAGGGUGACUUGGCUGCUGGGGAAGGAAGUGCUGAAUUCCAGCCAUUGCCCUCUGGGACGAUUGCUGUAAGGACUGCAGGGGGCAGGGAAGGCUUUUAUCUUUCUUUCCAAAAAGACAAAUUAAAGCAACAAACAAAAAAAGUCCCACUCCUCCCUCUCUAUUCCUUCCUGUACGUGUGUGAAAUUUAUCAGUAUUCUGUAGGUUUCCUUAGUGCACUUAUUUUACUUGAUUUUGUAAUUUUUUUGAAGCAGGGGGGGUUGGAUAUUACUGCCAAAUAAAUGAAACAAAAUUUUAAAAGUA